AUGGCGGUGCAGCGCAGAAACCGGGUGGCGAGAGGAGUGGGGGAAUCUCGACAGCAGUGGUGGUUGACAUCGACUGCCAAGGGCGGAUGCACGGCGGCUCGCUGCGUGGCGUCGCGGGUUCACCACCGCCGCGCAUUGCUGCGCGCGCUUCUCUCCCUGCUCGCGCUGCUGUUUGCGCCCUCUCGCCUCGUAUCGCUGCGCCAAUGCCGCGCGAUGGGCGCGGCGACGAGCCCGCAAGUGGCGGAAGAUGCAAGGCGACUGUACGAGGCAUGGCAGGCAGCGUAUGGCCUGUCUCCUGACGCCAUAAGCCCGCCAGCACAGGUGGUGCUGCCGCCCUCCGUGCCGGCCGCGCCCCACCUGCAGGACUGCACUGCGCGCACGGCGGCGCGGGAAGCGGCGGAGAGCAGGGGGCGAGGGGGGGAGGAGCCGCAGUGGGCGCGAGGGGGCGAGUGCUGCGAGUGUGGCCCGCAGCCCCCGUGGGUGUCAGGCUCAGACGCGGCAAACCUAGCGCUCACACGGGUGGCACAGCGGGACCUGUGGCGCGCGCAGUUCCCCGCGUCGUGCGAGGGGCGGCGCCUGCUGGUGGUGGAGUGGGCGUGCCCGUACCACGGCACGGGGUCCAUGGUGCACGUGCUCAGCGCUCAUAUGAGCAUGGCCGUCCGCUCCAACCGCACUCUUGUUGUUAGGGAGAAGUCCUUUCACCGCGCCAAUAACGAGGCAUGCAGAGCCCUGGGGCAGGAGGGCGAGUGGGAGUGCUAUUUCUUCCCCAUCACCUCCCCCACGUGUCGCCGCAUGGCCAUGGCAGCACUAGACGCGCUCCCACCCUCACCACCCGUGCCAUGGCUGUCGUCCAUGGCGCCUGACUGGGAGGCGCUGCUGCUGUCCGACACGCCUGUGCUGGCGUGCAACGACUCUGGCUUCCAUGCUGACGUGCUCGCUAAUAGGUUGUGGGGUCCACCAGCGUUUGAGCGGCCAGUGACUCUAGAGGAGGUCAACCACACGCAAGUACCUGCCAACGACAGAAACUGGGACCUGCUGUUCCUGCAGGAGUUCCGGUGGUGGCGGGCGCAGGUGACGCGCUUCCUCUUCCGCUGGCCCUCGGCGCACCUCUGCCACUUCAUCAACCGCGCCCGCCACGACGCAUACGGCCUCUCCGUUGCUCAGCAACUCGCAGCAGCCGCCGCUCAGCAGAGCACCAUGCUCCUCGCCUCCCCGCCCGGGAAUGGCGGGAGUGGUGGUGGUGGUGGUGGUGGUGGUGGUGGUGGUGCUGGUGCUGUGGGGGUGGCGGCAGGAGGGGAGGGGGUGAGUGAGGGCGAGCGGCAGUAUCUAGCAUCGUUGCACAGUGCGGUGCACGGGGAGCCUUUCAUACCGCGGCCGUACCUGAGUGUGCACGUGCGGCUGAGCGACAAGGGCUCUGAGAUGGCGCUGCGCUUCUUCCCCUCGUUCCUCUUCUUCGCCUACAAGAUCCGCGCCCACGUGCCCAACCUGCACCACGUCUGGCUCUCCACUGAGAUGCAGUUCAUACUAGACGAGGCCUCUCAGUACCCCGACUGGACGUUUCUCUUCACCAACAGCAGCCGCGUGCGGGACGCGCAGGAGAUGGCGGACCAGGUGCAGUUCAACCGCCAGCCCCAAAUGCCCUUCAUCCUCGCCAACCUCGUUAUUAGCUCGCAAGCGGAUUACUUUGUGGGCGCGCACGCGUCCAACUGGAACCAGCUUAUUAACGAGUUGAGACAGACGGGAGGGCGCCUGCAUGCGGGAAGCACAGCACCCGCGCGAUCAACCGCAGUGCGCGCAGGAUCGGUGCGCGCGGCGGUGGAGGCGGUGCCGACGCCGGAAACGCCGGAGACGCCGACGGCGGAAGCGAAGAAGUUUCGGCCGGGCGAGAAGAAAGGGUUCAUCGAGGAGAUGCGGAUCCGCGCCAUGAAGCUCCACACCAAGGAUCAGGCGAAGGAGGGCGAGGAGGAGACCAAGGAGCGGCCGCUGGCCAAGUGGGAGCCGACAAAGGAGGGGCUCGUGCAGUUCCUGGUGGACAGCAAGGCCGUCUUCGACGCCAUGGAAAACGUCGUCCACGAUAGCGAGCUCCCCGUCUACCGCAAGUUUAUCAACACAGGCCUGGAGCGUGGCGACGCAUUGGCAAAGGACCUCGCGUGGUUCGAGGCGCAGGGCUUUAAGAUCCCGCCGCCCGACGAGGCGGGGUCCUCGUACGCCAAGUACCUUAAUGAGCUGGCGCGCUCCGAUACGCCCGCCUUCAUCUGCCAUUUCUACAACGUCUACUUCGCGCACUCCGCCGGCGGUCGCAUGAUCGGUCGCAAGGUGUCGGAGAUGCUGUUGGAGGGGCGGGAGAUGGCGUUCUACCAGUGGGAGGGAGAGCUGCCCGAGCUGCUGGCGGCCGUCAGAGAGAAGCUCAACGAGGUGGCGGAGGACUGGACAAGGGAGCAGAAGGACCAUUGCUUGGAGGAGACAGAGAAGCCCGACGUCGACCGCUUCGACCGCCCCUACCAGCACAACAUCGCGCGCCCCUUCUGCGCACUGCACCACUCGGCGCGCGCCCGCGCGCAGCCGUCCGCGCAGCUGCAGAGCGCGGAGCCCCCCGCCGCGGCGCACGUCGCCCCCGCAGCCGCACGCGCGUCUGCCCCAUGCGCCUGCGAGCAGGCGCGCGUGGUGACGAUCGCGCAGCAGCGCUUCGGACCGCUGGGAUUCGCGUCCACUGUGUGGGACAGCUCUAUAGUGGCGGGCAAGUACCUGGAGCGCCAUGCUCACCUGGUGCACGGCAAGACGUGCAUCGAACUCGGUGCUGGCUGCGGCCUGCUCGCCAUGGACAAUGCUUUAGGACUACCCUUGCAGCGUGAACGGCGCGUGCGGUAUGAUGGGAUGUGGAAGCAUAACGCUGGCAGUGCUGGGGGCACGAGCAGUGGUGGUGACAGACAUGCCGGGGAACCUGCCGCUGCUGCACCGCAACUGGCGCCCCUCGUGGCCACGCUCGCAAUGCUCUGUGCGCCGCACUCCUCUGUGCUCAUUGCCCACGGCCGCAACCGCCAGGCGCUGCCGGAGUUCCUCAGGCUGGCGGGGGAGAAGUUCAGGGUGAAGGCAGUGGCGUGGGAGGAGCUGGAUGACACGUACCGCUGUGAGGACGGUGCUCUGCGGCCCAUGCUCCUCUGUCCUUAUGGCGCACAGGUGCAACUGGCAGGCGCUGUCAGAGUUCCUGAUGCUACCGUCAAAACGGCUGCUGCAUCACUGUUCGAACUUCUCUCAGACGAUCUACUCUCCAUUAUCCUUCGUCUCGUCGGUGCAUCCGACGGCCAGUUCCAGCACGCGCUUGUGUGCAAGAAAUGGUAUCGCAUCGCCCGUCGCGCGCACGACCACAUCCAGAUUCGCGAAAAGCGUCGCAUGCGUCCUCGCGAGCUGCUCGCGCACCUCUCGUCGUUCCCGAGGCUCCGAAAGCUCGUCCUCGCUUUCAACAGCAUCACGUCCGUCCCUGACUCCCUCCUCUCGCGGAUUGCCGACACGUGUCCAGAUCUGACGGACCUCCACGUUGAUUGGAUGGAUCGAGAGUACAGACGGGGGGGAUUCACUGAGAACGGGCUUUCGUAUCUCCUUGAGAAAUGCACACGGCUGGAGGGACUUCACCUCGAUUGUCAGUCGAAUCUGACCGCCAUUCCUGCGUCAAUAGCCGCCCUUGCGUCACUCAAGAGCCUGCACAUCAGCAACGGCGGAAGAAUCGCUCUCCUUCCAGACGCGUUCACCUCGUUACAGUCACUUACGGAUCUCGUGAUUGGAAUGCACUUUCUGGAGGAGCUGCCUCAGAACUUCGGCAAUCUGAAAUUGCUCAAGUCGCUCCAGCUGACCGACUGCAUGGAGCUCAGCUCCAUUCCCGAUUCUUUCGGGCAGCUUACCAACCUCACGCAUCUUUCCAUCAGCGGCUCCAGGAACAGGCUUCAGCUGCCCGAAUCCAUCUCCAACCUUUCCUCCCUCGUGACCCUCGUAAUUUCCAACUGCGAAAACCUUUCACCUCUGCCCGAGAAUUUCGGAAACCUGCCGGCGCUUGAAACCCUACGCCUGGAGGAGGUGGGGGGGAUUACCAACCUCCCCGCGAGUAUUGGGCAGCUACAGCGGUUGCGGCUCCUCUCCAUAAUCAACCGCGAGGAGUUAAUGUCAUUACCUACCUCCCUCCACCUGCCUUCCCUAACGGACCUGAUUCUUGUCGGCAUGGCACUUCAACGUCUGCCUGACGACGUAGGUCAACUGCCACGCCUACAGACGCUGAAGCUGGACUUUGGCGUUCUCAUGCACCUGCCGCCCUCCAUAGCCCUUGCCACUGCGCUCAAUCACCUGACGCUCGAGAAUAUCCAGGUUCCACUCCACCUGCCCGAGAAUCUCGGGCAGCUAACUGCCCUGGAGACCCUUGUUUUGAUCAAGCUCCCGCUACUCAACAGCCUGCCCGCAUCUCUUGGGAACUUGGCAAGCCUCAGGGAGCUGAAAAUAUCCGAAUGUGCCGCGCUGGCUCAGCUUCCAGACUCCCUGACUCGCCUAUCUUCCCUCGAGCUGUUGGAAAUCAGCGACUGCUGCAACUUGAAGGCGCUACCGCAGGCCAUGGGGGAUGCGUUGCCAGAGGAGAUCGGACGGCUGGGAGAGCUCGAGAAGCUCAGGCUCUCACUUCUUGACCUCAAGUCACUCCCUCGCUCGCUGGGUCAGCUGCAGCGGUUGAAGUCUCUAGAAGUGAGCUACUGCAGAGCGCUGGAGUCUCUGUUUGGGGAUGAGGAUCAGCACAUAGGGGACGCAUCCGCUGAGCAUGACCUUGCAGGGAGAAGCACCCUCCCCAGCUUGGCCACUUGCAGCCGUUCCAGCUGUGGGGGAUCCAAGGAGAGUGUCACGAGCGUGCUGCUGCCAUCCCUUGAGGUCCUUCAGCUUGAAGCCCUUCCACUGCAGCAGCUCGGUCCAUCGCUCGGCUCCUUCCCAUCGCUAACCAAGCUGGAAAUCCUGCGAAUGAAGCAACUCCUCUCGCUCCCAGAUUCCAUCUCAUGUCUCUCAAGCCUCCAGAGACUGAAAGUUGGCCAUGCCGAACGCCUGCUGGCUCUGCCCGAGGCACUUGGGAGGCUGCCAGCGCUCACAAACCUCCAACUCGACAGUCUCCCGAGACUGACUGAGCUGCCCGAGUCGUUCGGGCAGCUGAAAACGCUUCAGUUUCUGGAGAUCUACGAUAUCCCGGGGCUUACCAGGCUUCCAGAGCUUACUGCCUAA